UCCCUGAGGAAGUAGCACCAGGAAAAGAAAUGGAAUUUCGUAGCUGAUAAUUGGCAACUUUUGCAACCGUUUUAAGGUGAUGCGAUCAGGGACGGAGGGGAGCCAGAGUUUCCUAUUUGGGUGAAUCUCAUGUGGAAUUUCCCAUCCAGAUGUUUAAUGUUACCGUUGAGACAGAUCGUCCCAUGCACAAAGAUAACUCGGCCGCUAGCUUCUCUCCCCUCUCAGCAGCUCGAGCAUCGAGAUGUGUCCGGAUAUUUAUCAGUUGCAACCCAGAAGACACAGAAGCUGAGAGAAAGGCAUUGCAGGAACGUGUGUAUCCAAAACUGCGAGAAUACUGCAGAUACAAGCAUGGACUGGAGUUCCAGGCAAUCGAUGCUUAUUUGGGAGUGGAUCCAGAUGAUGUCCAUGAUUCUGAUGUCCGGAAGCUCCGGAUGAAGCUGUUGGAUGAAUGUUUAAAGUUUUCUGCUGGGCCCUGUUUUGUGGCAUUAAUAGGGGAGCAUUAUGGAAGUGUCAGCUUACCAGUGGAAAUUGAAGCCAAUGAAUUUGCGGUGAUUCUCUGCAAAUCACAAAAUGAAGGCCUCAGCACCAGGCUACUGGAAAACUGGUACCAGCGGGAUGAGAAUUCUGUUCCACCUGUUUACUACCUAAGGUCUAAAACUGAUGUCCUCCCUGACUAUUGCAACAAGACUGUGGGCAGAGCGAGGGAAGUUGCUCAUGCAACAUGGCGUGACAGCUUCACCGAAAUGAAGAUGAUCUUCAAUGAGACGGUGAAAAUGUGCCUCAAAGAAGGAACCAUAAAACCAGAGCAAGCUCAGAAAUACUUUGCCUCAGCUCUUGAAGAUGAGUUACUACAUGCUGUUGUAAAUCAACCACCAAGUGUUCUCCAAAAGUGCAUUUGCUACAUUUGUAAAGUUCCACACCUCACUCGCCAUCUGAAGAAGAUUCUCAAAGACCAGAAAGGACAAACAGAAACGGAGAGGCAGCUGCCCCAGGAUGCCCUGGCAUAUGCCAAGCUCCUCAGACUGCGUGAUGAGAUUCUCCCAUCACUCGUCAUCUCCUCUAAUUUACACGUCUACACCUGUACAUUAUCGGACAACCACAAACUGAACCGUACAGAGCAGAUGAGCAAAGAGUACACCGAGGGCCUUUGCCAGCAGUUUUAUACUGAUGUGGUUAAGCUCAUUGACAGCAACAAUGCACAAAGGCCGACAGAUGAGUUUGACGGUGGGAUGGAGGAAAUGAUGAAGCAUACAUCCUUGUGCAAUUUAUAUGCAGCCCUCUCUGACUUUGAGUGGAAAGAAAUGGACCAGGUUAAAGAAUACAUCCUUGGGGAGCAAUCCAACUCACCCUUCAUUAUUGUGGGAGGGCCUUGCAGUGGAAAAACACUUCUCAUGGCAACAUGUGCCAAACAGAUAAAUUCAUGGCUAAACAACUGUAACCCUGUGACAGUCAGCCGCUUCCUCUCUUCCACGAGCAAAAGUACUUCCCUUAGAAAUGUCCUAACUGGAAUCUGUCAGCAAAUAGCAAUAAGCUACCACAAACCGAUCCAAAUAUAUUCCAACAACAUUGUGGAAUUAAUGAACUGUUUUGUGAGUCUUUUAGAAGAAUCAUCUGAACAGCAUCCCUUGACCAUAAUGAUAGAUGCUGUUGACCAGAUCUCAGGGACUCAUGGUGCCAGAGCCUUGUGGUGGUUACCAAAAUCUCUGCCACCUUUCACCAAGUUAAUUAUUUCUACUACUCUGAAGAAGUAUGGAAUUGCACAAAAAUGCAUGUCAUUGAACCCUGAUGCAGCUGACUUUCUUGAAUUAAAGCCAAGAGAGAGAAAGGAAUGCAAUAAAAUUCUUACACAACGCCUUCUAACCUACAACAGAAGAAUUACCUCUGGGCAGCAGGUUUAUGUGAAUGCAGCCCUGGGGCAGUGUACUCUCCCACUUUUUGUUAACCUGCUUUGUAAUGAAAUGUUUUGUUGGAGAUCUCAUGACAAUAUUGAUGACCAGACUUUAGGCAGAAGUGUUCAUGACAGUAUCAAGCUACUACUCGAAAGGCUUGAAAGGAGACAUGGGGAGAGACUGGUUUCCAGAGCUUUAGGCUACAUAACACUUGCAACUUCAGGACUCGGGGAGGCUGAGUUGCUGGACAUUUUGUCACUUGAUGACUAUGUUAUAGAACAUUUUUGGCCUCAAAAGGGCUUGCCAGACUCAGUGAAAGUGCCAUAUUACUCAUUAGCAAGACUGCAACAGGAUCUGAGUGGGUUUUUGGUAGGAAGGCUACAUAAUGGAGUAAAGUUGCUCUUCUGGGCAAACCGGCAUUUUUCACUGGUUGUCAAUAAGCGUUACCUCAGGAACGUGGAAACUGUGCAACAAAUGCACAGCAUCAUGGUGGAAUACUUCAGUGGCCGGUGGUCCAGUGGAAGAGGGAAACCACUUCUCAUUACUAUGUUGCAUCAGAAACCAAUAGAGGACCAACCAAUGCAUUGUCAGAUAUCGGAACAUAAUCCUUUAAUGAAGAUAUAUGUUGAUAGACAGCAGCCUUCACAACCAUGGCUUUUUCAUUUCCAAUCUUCUAAUCCUUGCUUUGUCUUUCCAAAUCACAGAAAAGUUAAUGAACUAGCAUAUCAUUUGAAAAGAACCGGAAGACUGGGAGAACUAUAUCUUGAUGUGCUGUCUUCCUUUGUAUCCCAUCAAGCAAUGAUUAAAGCUGGUCACUUGGUUCAGCUGAUAGCUGAACUAGAGGAAAAUAUUCUCACAAUAAAUCGAAGGGAGAUUAGAUUUUUGGCAGCAGUUCUGAAAAGCGCAUGGUGCUUACUACGAACAUCCCCUGAUGAUCUAUCAAUGGUUAUUCAGGUGAAACUUCUACCAUUUGUAGAGUGCUUCCCACAACUGUUCAAAUUUUUAAAGCAGGCUUAUGAAGAAGGGCUCAGGCAUAAUGUCGUUGCUGUGAUGCACAGUCCAGUAAUUACUGUGCCCGGGGUGUAUGCUGCUUUGUGUACCUCUGAACUGUCUGUAGCAACUGAUAUCAUAGAAAUUCAGUCACAGUCUCUUGUUCUUGUAACACUGGAAAGUGGUUCUGUAUAUGCUUGGAACCUAGAGAUCCAAGCACCUUGGGAACAAAUCAACACAAAUGGAGUUAAAGUUUCAGGAGCCCAAAUGUCAGAGGAUGACCGAUUCCUUGUACUUGCGACUGUCCACAGCACUAUAUUAGUGUACAACUUUGCCCAGCUAUCGCUGCUUUACGAAGUUGAUAUGAGAAGCAGUCUUGAUGGUAACACUGCAGAAAUUCAUCAUCCAAUUUGUGGUUUUGCUCUGAGCACCACAAAUGCAGUAGUGUGGUUCAAGAACAGCACAGAGAUGAGGGUCUUUGAUCUCAACUCUUGUCACACAGUCAAGCAGUUAAACUGCCAACAUGAGGUUCAAUGUGUAUCUUUUUCUACUGAUGGAACAUAUGCAUUGUGUGGGCAAUUGAAGAGCACAGUCACAAUAUUUAAUAUUCAUACUGCUCUCCAGAUAGCCAUAGUGUUUUUGGAAUUUCCUGAAGCAUCUGUCUAUUCCAUUUUCCUGUCUGAAUCCAAAGAGGAAAUGUAUGUUGUAGACAAUAUUGGGAACAUUUGUGUUUGGGGCACAGAAGACAUGACUGAACCACAUCUCUUGGAAGAGAUUGUUUGUAAAGAAGAUGAAAAUAAAGUUCUGAGUGUUGAACUUUCUUUGCACUCAUUGUUAUUGUGCAGGGCAUCUUGCAUUGAAUUGUGGAACACAUUGAAUUGGAGUACGUCAGACAAAUUCAAACCACCUAACAGUGAAAGCUUCAUCCGAGCUAUAUUGUCACAAAAUUGUGAUUCCAUUAUAGCAGUCAUUAGUGGUUCCCAGGCAUUAUUUGUAUGGAAGAGAGAGACUGGGCAAUGUGUUCUAAUACUUGAGAACAGUCUUGGUAGCCCAUUGAGGCUCUCUAAAUGCUAUAAGCAAAAAGCUUUGGUAAUAUUUACCUCAAAGGGUUUUCUGAAGUCCUGGGACCUAGACUGCAUAGAUACAGCCUCAGCUAUAGCAAGAACAGAAAGGACCAAACAACUUCUCCUUUCAUCACAGGGAAAGCAUUUCUAUACCUUUGAUGGCACCAGUGUUGUAUUCAAAUGGAGCCUGAUUUUCUGUCAAAUAGAGGCUACCUUUACACAUGCUGACCUUGUAAAACAUUGUGCUCUGACAAGAACAGGCAAAUCUAUGGUAACUGCAGAUGUUAGUGGCGAUCUUUACGUUUGGGACACAGAAGCUGGUCAAAACCUGCACCGCAUCAGAUGUGGCAAUGUGACACAAUUACUGAUAACACCAAACGACCACUUUGUUGUGACGCUAUGCGAAGGCCUCGUAUCAAAGGUAUGGAAACUGUCCAAAGGGCAUAUCGUCUGCAACAUUCACAUACACUUAAAAAAAGCAAUGAUAACACCAGAAAGUACCUUUGUUCUGGGUCUUCACGAGCAUCUCCUUCUUGCUGUUAGCUUGUGGUCAGGAGGCAUAGUCAAGAGAUUUGAAUGCAUUGAUAAAGCAGAUAUUGUUGCUUUUCAGACACUGAAAGACUAUCCAGACUAUGUCAUGCUAGUAUCAUCCUCUGGAAGUAUUUAUACCUGGAAUUUAGUAGAAGAAUCUCUUUGCCGACAGAGCCAGCUCCCUGUCAAAUUCUCAAGGCAAUUGGACGUCUUCCAGGUUUCCGAAGAUGGGAGGAUUGCGAUCAUUUCGGUGAUCACUGAGAGUAUCAAUGUUUUGGACAUCCUCCAUGGAAAAUUGAGUGUCGUUAGUACAGAGGGAGCUAUCUUUAAUCAACAAUUGACCAGAGAUGGUCAAUAUGUUGUUUAUGUAUGUUACAAACACCACUGUAAUUGUGACCUUCAUUCAAGUGCAAAACUUAAUAUUGUUCAGACAACAGAUGGGAAAAAUAUUGGAAGCUGCUAUUUAUGCAAAAUCCCUUCAUGUAUUGUUGUGUCUGAAAAUGAUUUAAAUAUUUUUGUGGGAUUUGAAGAUGGGACUGUUGGAAUGUACACAGUUGUUGACUACCCUGGUGCUCAAAACAAAAUUAAAAAUCGACUAAGCAAGGUGGCCAAAGGUGACUACCCUCCCAGAAAGAAAGAUUGGUUGUGCAAAAACUUACCCAAUGCUUUUUGGGUGGAUUCCCUCAAUGAAUAUUCACAGUAACAGCCUUGCUCUUCACUCUGGAACACAGCCAGUUAACCAAUGAAUAUGAACACACAGAGCUAACACAUUCCCCCAAGUUCUUUUACAAUUGAUGGGCAACACGAGAGAU